CAUCCCGCGGGCGCGGUGCGUGCCGUGCGUGGCCGGUGGAGCGGGGCCGCAGCGGCGGGGCCGGGGGCCGGUGCCGGUGCCGCGGCGAUGCUGGAGGAGGCGGGCGAGGUGCUGGAAUCGGUGCUGAAGGCUUCGUGCCUGCCGCUGAGCUUCCUGCUCUUCGUGCCCGCCGUGCUGCUGCUGCUGCUGGGCCCGCCGCCCGCCGCGGAGGCCGCGCACGAGUUCACCGUGUACCGCAUGCAGCAGUACGAGCUGGGCGGGCAGCCCUACGGCACCAGGAGCGCGGUGCUCAACACGGAGGCGCGCACGGUCGAGGCGGACGUGCUGAGCCGCCGCUGCGUCAUGAUGCGCCUGGUGGAUUUCUCCUACGAGCAGUACCAGAAAGCUCUGCGCCAGUCCGCGGGUGCUGUGGUCAUCAUCCUGCCCCGAGCCAUCUCCUCUGUCCCGCAGGAUGUCGUCAGGCAGUUCAUGGAGAUCGAGCCGGAGAUGCUCGCGAUGGAAACCAUCGUGCCAGUCUAUUUUGCAGUGGAAGAUGAAGAGCUGCUGUCAAUCUAUGAGCAAACCCGGGCUGCUUCUGCCUCGCAGGGCUCUGCCUCGGCUGCAGAAGUCCUGCUGCACACAGCAACUGCCAAUGGCUUCCAGAUGGUGACCAGCGGGGCUCAGAGCAAAGCCAUCAACGACUGGCUCAUCCCCAGCGUGGAGGGAAGGCUGACGGGGCUGGGUGGAGAAGACCUGCCCACUGUUGUGAUAGUUGCCCACUAUGAUUCUUUCGGAGUGGCUCCAUGGCUGUCACAUGGGGCUGACUCCAAUGGCAGCGGGAUCUCGGUGCUGCUGGAACUCGCCCGGCUCUUCUCCCGGCUCUACACCUACAGACGUACGCACGCGGGGUACAACUUGCUGUUCUUUGCAUCUGGAGGUGGCAAGUUUAAUUAUCAAGGAACCAAGCGGUGGCUGGAAGACAAUUUGGAUCACACUGAUUCCAGCCUGCUGCAGGACAACGUAGCGUUUGUUCUCUGCCUCGAUACUCUGGGUCGAGGCAACAGCCUCCACCUCCAUGUCUCCAAGCCUCCCAAGGAGGGCACUUUGCAGCAUGCGUUUCUGAGGGAGCUGGAGACGGUUGUUACCAGCCAGUUCCCAGAGGUGAAGUUCUCCAUGGUGCACAAGAAGAUAAACCUGGCUGAGGACAUGCUGGCGUGGGAGCACGAGCGCUUCGCCAUCCGCCGCUUGCCCGCCUUCACCAUCUCCCACCUGGAGAGCCACCGGGACAGCCGGCGCAACAGCAUCAUGGACAGGAGGUCACGAGUAGACACUAAGGCACUAACCAGGAAUACCAGGAUCAUUGCUGAGGCUUUGACAAGGGUCAUCUACAACCUAACAGACAAGGGCGCACCUGCAGACCUGCAGAUCUUCACGGACCAGAUGCAGAUCCAGCAGGAGCAGCUGGAAUCAGUGAUGGACUGGCUGAGCAGUCAGCCCAGGGCUGCGCAGCUCAUCGAUAAAGACAGCACCUUCCUCAACACCUUAGAAUAUUACAUGGGUCGCUACCUGAAGGAUGUCAAACAGCAUCACGUAAAGGCAGACAAAAGGGACCCUGAGUUUGUGUUCUAUGACCAGCUGAAGCAGGUGAUGAAUGCAUACAGGGUCAAGCCAGCAAUCUUUGACCUGCUCCUGGCUGUCUGCAUCGCCGCCUACCUUGGUGUUGCCUAUGUGGCAGUGCAGCACUUUGGUCUCCUUUACAGGAUGAUACAGAGAUUAUCCCUUAAAACCAAGCAGCAGUGAAGCCCCAAGGCACCACCCAGACAGCAGCACUGAGCCAUCGGCCUGGCUUUAGGAAGGUGUGUUGAGCAAUUAGACUGUGCAAUAACUCCCUCCCUUCAAGGAGCUGCACUGGAACUGAUCUCUGCUGUUACUGGCAGGAUGAGUCAAGAUUGGUCAAGCAGGUUCCUUGCAGUAGGGUUUGUGCCAGGGCAGAUUCCCUCCCGUCUCCCGUGGAAGAUGCAUUGUGCUGGGUACUUGGUUUCUCUGGUCCUUGAGCAGUUCACAGCUGCCAUCGCUCUGUACCAACCUCUGGCUUGAUUUUGAAGAGGUGUUCUACAGGUCCAACUGCUGCAGGGCCCUGUUCUAUGCUGUUCCAUGUAUUUAAAUGAACUGGUUGUAUUAAUAACAAGAGCAACCCAGCUCCUGCUGAGCUCUGGUCUGUAAUCCCUUCACUCUCCAUUCCUCAGCUUUCACUUCCAGAUGGGGUCUGGAUUUUGGGGGGGUUCCCAUGUUCAUCUGCAUCUCAGGGUCUCAUUUCAUGUUUUUCAGCUCUUUAUUAGUUUUGGAAACACUGUUCCUGGCCUGCACGUUCCCAAAGUGCUUGUUGCUGUCCUUUCAUGUGCUGCCCCCAGUGUGUAUGGAGGGAGGCAGGUCCCUUUAGCCAUUAAAAAGCAAAACAAACCUCAAAAAGGAGUUUCAUGAAUGUCGUUUUAAACAUGGCUCUUUCUAGAGCAAUACCUAAGAGAGCAUCUCUUGGAACACACACUCUCUAUUACUUUUAUCCUUGAGCAAGGCUAAGUUUAACUUUGCUGCUGCUCCUGGCUGGAGAGCCAAAUGUUGUUCAGAGAUAAGGCUUGGGUGCUCAAGAAUUGUCAUCUGCAGUUGAAGCUCAGAGUCAAAGGCUUCCACCAAGGCAGUGUGGUAACAGCUCUGUCCCUGUCAGGGCUGUAGUAUUAAAGCAGAUCUCAACAGGGAACACUCCUGAUGCAGGGCCUGGAGCCAAUGGCAGCCCUUUAAAUGAAAGGUUGAAAGAGGCAGAGGAGGAGAGCUCAUAAACCUGAGGGGCACAUCACGAUUUAUCCUGUAAUCUGGAUGCCCGUUGUGUAGCUGGCUGCUAGAGAAAGUAGUUUUUACUAUGGUAAAGGGCUUCUGCUUUCGGUCCAAAUGCGUGGGCAUCGAAAUACUCUCCACUCCCAUCAAAUUCCAGCUUUCUCAUAGCUGGAGCAGAGCGAACUCCAUUGCCCCAGUGCUGCUUCCUUUGGGAAGCUGACAGCGAAGCUUGUAAUAAAUAGACCCUGCUAUUCUGCUAGGUUUGGAAAACCCAAGGAAAAAGGUGCUGAGCUAUAGUGCAGUGCAUUGCUCAGUUCUGCCACUGCUGUGAGCCACGAAGGCAGAAACAACCGCUGUUGUGGUGAGAUAAAAGCUCACAACACUGCAGCAGAGCUCUAUGUAGCUGGUUCUUGUUGCCCCUGUUUUUAUGGAGCCUUUUUGAUCAGGAGUUUCCAUGGCAUGUAAGGAAGAAGCAUAGAAAACAUAUGUCCACAUGCACACGAGCGACUGGCAGCGGAUGCUUGUAGCCAGAAACCCCUUGGCUUUGCUCUCUGCCUGGUGUUACCUGCUGCCCUGGUGCUGUCUAAGCCUGCACCUCCAAAAACCUGCUUUUCCAACAGGUUUUAAGCACUGAAGCUGUUCCUUCUGCCCACUCCCACCCUCACAAGCACUAAUGGGGACUGUGUGCGGGUAGCUUGGACUGCUGUAGUCCAUCUCCCAAACAAGAGGCUGCUUUGUUGCUCUGAAGUAAGUGCUACUGCGCAAUAGGGACUCUCUACUCUUGUACUCCGUGUGAAGAGGAAAGGCCCUGAAGCCAAAGCAGAACUGGGUAUCCCACUCCCUGUGCCUGAAGGCAUCACCACGACCUCUCCAGAAUGCUUCAAACCACCCCAAAUUGGGGUGGGGGUGGUUUGAAAUCACCCACCCUCGUGGUGGUCACAGCACAAAGCGGGUUUUCCAUUGAAGAGCCAUUCACUUUUGAUCGAACUGAUCCGAAAUGAUGCGGCUGCUCCUCGGUGUCCCUGCAGGUUGGGCCUUGGGGUGGGGGGGCUCCGGGUUGAUCUGGUUUCGUUUCCAUUUGGAAUUCUUGGAUAGCAAUUCCAUGGUGAUCAUCUGGAAGAGCUGAAGCUCGGGAGCAAAGAGUUGAUGGCUCUGGCAGUGUUGCCUCCAUUGUUUCUCUCUCGUGUGUCCUAAAGAACAAAUGUAUAUUGAGUGACUAUUUAAAAGCUAAUAGAAAAUUCAAUGCAGUUGAUUGACCUAUGAUUAUUUUCCUUUUUUUUUUUUUUUUCCCUGACUAUAAAUGUAAUAAUAUUUAAGUAUUUCCACGUU